CCGAAACUCGUACGUGACGCAAAAGACGAAGACGCAUUUGCCAAUGCUGGGCUUUUUAAAAGACUUGGGACAGGUAACAUGGACCCAGUAGAACCCGAAUUACUGGCUCACCUCCGAAAGAGAUGGAUCUUCGCACCUUCCGAUCUUCCUUAUAACUUAGUCAGACCCAGCGUGGAGUCAUGGGCUCAGAUUGGCCAGUCACAAUUGGUGGACAAAAUUCUGAAACAACGCCGAAACGGUUUCUAUGUAGAAUCGGGCGCCUUUGACGGAGAGGACCAUUCCAAUUCUCUCUUCUUCGAGAAAUCACGAGACUGGAAGGGUCUUUUGAUAGAACCUGAUCCUUGGACCUUUGAAGCACUUAUUCAGAAAAACAGGAAGGCGUACGUUGUCAACACCUGCAUUGCAAUAGGAAAAAGCCCCGAAAGAACCGAAUUUACCUUCGCUAGCGAACUCGGCGGAAUCGCCAAAAAAUCCGCGGCCGUGCCAAAAGCCGAGGCAGGGUCUGUCCGAGGCACCGGCCGCAUACAGUGCUUCCCCAUUCUCUCCCUCCUAGCCGCUGUCGGCCAGACCCACGUAGACUAUUUCUCCUUAGACGUGGAAGGCGCCGAGAUAGAAAUCCUCAAGUCAUUCCCCUGGUCGCAGGUGACAGUGGACGUGUGGACGAUAGAGUACGCGGUUCACGGCGGGGGUGCCGGGACCCCGGAACGCGAGAAGGAAAUCAGAGAGAUUUUUAAGAAAACGGACUUGUACAAGGAAGGGACCAUUCUAGGCGGACAGGAUAUUGUGUUUGUAAGGAAAGACGUGCCUCAGUAGUAUGGGUGAUAUUGAUUGAGGGGGAUGGGGGGGGGGGGGGGCGAGGAUGUGGCAAGACCCGUAGGCUACCGUCCGUGUCUUUCAAAACGGCUGUCAACAACACAUGGAAUAUGUGAGACUUGAAGUUUGGCUGGGAUUACUGAGGAAAUGUGGAAUUAUGAAAGUGGAAGUCCGCUGUAGAAAAUACGAUUUGAUUUUCAAUGCCUCUCCGGAGAUUCGGUUUGUGAACACAUUUGAAACUAGAAAAGCACUCAGAGAGCGCAGACCUCCGCCAAGGCAGCAAAGUCUCCAUCGAAUGCCGUUUCAACCCUAAAUUUUCGAUAUAUUGAUUCUUGAUUGAUUCUUGAUCCGGAUCACCACCAAAACGUAAUCAUCUGUUCCUUGGCCCACUUCUGACAGUUCCUGAAAAUUUCAUCAAA